GGGAGCGAGGGGGAAAGUCCCUCCCUGCCACUGGCUUCUGCAUUGGCUGGACCGGCAUCAGAUCCAGGCGAGCAGUCAGCCAAUGAAUGGAGGCGCAGAUGCAGGCAGAGGAGACGACUUUACCAACCGGUGAACGCAGGAGGACAGACAUAUAGAGAAACAGUGACUGCGACCAGAAUAGACUUAUAAUCCGCUAAUAAUCCAAUAAUAUUAAUUUCUGCAAGUGCUUGCACAGAAAUGGAGAAUAAAGUCACCGAUUUCUCUGGAAAAUGGAAAAUGAAGUCUUCGGAAAACUUCGAGGAACUUUUGAGAGCGCUUGGUGUCAACGUGUUCUUGAGGAAGAUUGCAGUGGCAGCGGCCUCCAGCCCGGCAGUGGAAAUCACCCAGCAGGAAGAGACUCUGUCCAUCAAGACAUCCACCAGCGUCCGCACCACCAAUGUCUCCUUCACCGUGGGUCAGUCUUUCAGCGAGACCACGGUGGAUGGACGUCCCUGCACGAGUUUUCCUAAGUGGGAAACAGACAGAAAGAUCAGCUGCGAACAGACUUUACAGAAAGGCGAUGGACCGAAGACGGCGUGGACCCGAGAGCUGACCAAUGAUGGAGAGCUCAUACUGACAAUGACUGCCGGAGACGUUGUCUGCACCAGAGUUUAUGAGAGAGAAUGAAGGGUUUUUUUUCCCCAGGACUGUCAUACAAUACUUCUGUUUUGUGCCUCACGCAUGGUUUACAUUUACUCGCCUUGUUUUUCUCCUUCUUCUUCUUCCUCCCAGAGAGUCGGUGUUGGUCAGGUCAAACAGUGCUCAAAAUGCUUCAGCUGGUAUUGUUUUUAUAACAGUAAAACUUAUUCAUUAUGUAUCAUACUACAUUCCUUUUUUAAAAACAAAUAAAGCUUUCUAGCUGUGUCUAAAUCUUUUUUAAAGAUGUUAAUAAACAGUUUUAUAUAAAUCU